AUGAACGAAUCCUUGGUCCCGUUGCUUGACCCUGUAGGUCUUGCAUUUCUUUGCAGAGAAAGCCAGGUAGAGCUGCGGGAACAAAUCGACAACCUGGCUACCGAGCUGUGCCGUAUCAAUGAGGAUCAGAAAGUGGCCCUGGAUCUCGAUCCCUAUGUAAAGAAGCUCCUUAACGCCCGGCGACGAGUUGUCUUGGUCAAUAACAUUCUGCAGAACGCCCAGGAGCGGCUGAGGCGGCUAAACCACAGUGUUGCCAAGGAAACAGCCCGAAGAAGGGCAAUGCUGGAUUCAGGAGUUUACCCCCCUGGCUCCCCAAGCAAGUAACAGAAGAUGGGCCUCAGAAUAGCUCAAGUACUAUCCCCACCUGCCUCAUUUCCUUCAGGACACCCUAUUAACCCUGGGACACCAAGGCAAUCCUAUGGAUUGUGUUUGAAGCACUCGAACAGUCGUACCCAUUUAUGUGGGGGUCCACGGAAAUCUGUUCAGCAGGACUCAGGGUCCCAAAGGAUUUAUUCCAGCUCUUCCUUCCAAGAAUGAGCUGAGACCUCGACAUUUUUUAAAGGAACAUACUCGUUUCACCUCUACCUUCAAAUCUAGUUAACCAGGGAGGGGCUUCUUGUUACAUGGCUGGCAAAGUUGGUAGUUGUUGGGGCCUGGGCAGCACACCCCUCUACCUGUGACUUCCCAUUUUCCUGUUUAUGCUUAGGAUUUGGAGAGGGCAGGCAGUCACCCAUCCACCCUGUUGUACAUUUCACUGGCUUGAACACAGUAGUCUUGCUGGAACCAUUUAAUUCAAUAAAUGCUUAAACAAUA